GCGCUGCCGCCGGCGCUGCGCGUCUCCCGCCUCCUGAUGUGCCUCUCCAACGGGCUGGGGCUCCUGGGCUGCCUCCUCGCCGCCCCGGGGCUGGAGGGCUGGAGGGCCUGCGAGGGCAAACCGGGGCUAAAGCGGCGGCUCCUGCUCGCCGGGGGAGCGGCGUUAGGCACGGCGGGGAUGGCCACCCUGGCGCCGGUCUCCUGGGUCGCCUACAACACCGUCCUUGACUUCUGGGAUGACACCGUCCCCGACAUCGUCCCCCGGUGGGAAUUCGGGGAG